GCGGACCACGUGGGCGCAAGAGUUUGACUCUUCGGAUUGAAUUGCCAGAUACGGCCAAAAAAGGAAAAAAGAAAAGAAGGAAAUUCCCGAUUUUGGAAUUAUAAUAAUGAUUGGUGUAGGAACAAUGAUUGGUGCCCGGUGCUUUAGCGCCGCACCGGGCUGUCCAAUGAUUGAUGCGCUGACGUGGCACCUCCGUCCAGCCAACGACGGGCUACCGGUAGGAUGGCAGACAGAAGCGAUGCUGAGGAUGUGUUCCAAUCGGGAUAGGGAUGGGAUGAUGACAGAUCGGAGGGGAAGGAGGACACGUGUCCUCCGAUGGGAUCGGUGGGAUCGGGACAUUGGGUCGCGGUCGCAGUGGACUGACGACAAGUGCUGCACGUCCUUGAUGGGCCUCGUCGGACGAAGUGUCGUGCAAGCUGGAGGUCGUGCGGCGGUGAGCUGCUCGUGGAGCGGGUCGCCAGCGGCGACAGACCGGUCGCACGACGGUCAUUGCGCGCCGGAACGGUUCGAUUACGGCCUCCGGCAGAAUGGCUAUCCAUCCUUCGUCUUCUUCCCGAUAACGGUCAUCGAGCGACCGGUCGCACGACGGUCUCAGGGCCGUCCACGUGGAAGCCGGAUAUACCUCACUGCUGACGUGGCAAGAGCCGCGGCUAGCGUUGAAGCCGGCCUUCCUCGUAGGAUCACCAAGUGCCAAGCUGGCACUGACGAAGCAUAUUCCUCCUGCUCCUCCUCCUCCUCCCCCUCCCCCUCCCCCUCCUCCUCCUCCUUGAUGGUGUCGUCAUCAUCCUCUUCAGCAGAGUCUGAACGGAGGAGGGAGGAGGAGGAAGGGGAGAUGGAGGAGGGAAAGGAGGAGGAGGCGGGGGAGGAGGAAGGAGGAAGAUUGCCUAAGGCGGAAGAGAGCAGUAGUGAUGAGUCAAAGAGCGGGUUCUGGUACGAGACAUUUGUUAUGACCAGAGACCAGAAGCUUGAAAAAUUGCGAAGGGAUAGUGCGAGCGCGGGUCGUGUGCGGACAUCUUUCGAAAACGCCUUCGCUUACACUUCCUGGAUUGAUGUGCACAGGGUGCUGGUGGAGCGGAAGCUGAAGAGCAUACCUCCUGAACAAGCCAUAAGGUUGACGGGGAUGGGUAAAUUGGGUGGUAAAUUGGAAGCGGAUAAAUUGGAUAAAUUGGGUGGUAAAUUGGAGGCGGAUAAAUUGGGUAAAUUGGGUGGUAAAUUGGAAGUGGAAUUGGGCGGUGAAUUGGAAGACGAUAAAUUGGGUAAAUUGGGUAAAUUGGAAGCGGAUAAAUUGGAUGAACUGGGUGGUAAACUGGAAGUGGAAGUGGGUGGUAAAUUGGAGGAGGAUAAAUUGGGUCAAUCGGGUAAAUUGGAGGCGGAUAAAUUGGAAGCGGAUAAAUUGGAAUUGGAAUCAGCAGUAGUAGGAGGUACUGCAGUAUUACUGGACGUGAGAGAAAGUGUCGAUUUCGCUAAGUUGCAUGCGUCAGGUGCGAAGAACGCCCCCCUCUUCAGACUGAUUGAAGGAAACAGUUUGCAAGCUAAUAUGAGAAGGCUUGGCUAUGCGCUCAUCACGGAUUUCGCCGGUACAGAGCGCAAUCCCCGUUUUGUGGAUGAAGCUUUGGCAGCCGUUGAUGGGGAUAAAGAGCGUACGGUCAUCGUAAUGUGUUCUCGAGGGGGAAGCCUAGAGACGGUGGUGGAGAGAAAAGGGCCCAAGCCCAAGUCCUUUAAAGACCCCAUGAGAGCAUUUGGCAUACAGUCAAGGUCUUUGAAGGCCUGCUAUGAAUUACAACAAGAGGGGUUUAAAAAUGUGCUUCAUCUUAAGGGGGGGCUCAGCAAUUGGUCGUACGAGGGAUUUCCAGUGGAGGGCACAAAUACGUAGAGACCGUGGUGUCUCUAUCACUUCUAUCACUUUUUUUUUUUUUUUUUUUUUUUUUUUUUUU